AGUGUUCUUGAGCUGUUCUUGGACAUCUGAUUUCCCCCUGUGUGGCUUCCAGAGAGCAUCUCUGUGAGAAAAUGGACGAUGAUGAUGACAUUCCCCAGCUUUCAUCCCAUACAUUGGCUGCCCUCCAGGAGUUCUAUUUGGAACAGCAGCAGAGAGAGGGCAUGAAGACCUCCCAAGGGUUUAAUCAAUAUUCCAUUGGCUCAAUAGAAGAAGACUGGCAACUGAGCCAGUUUUGGUACAGUGAUGAAACUGCAUCAUGCCUGGCUAAGGAAGCAGUUCUGGCAGCUGGAAAAGGUGGCAGGAUAGCAUGUGUUAGUGCACCGAGUGUGUACCAGAAACUGAAAGAACAGGAUGGUGAGGAUUUUUCUGUGUGUAUACUGGAGUAUGACAGAAGGUUUUCUGUGUAUGGAGAAGAGUUUAUCUUCUAUGAUUACAACCACCCUUUGGACUUACCUGAAAAUCUCCUGCCACACAGUUUUGACAUUGUAAUAGCAGAUCCACCCUAUCUGUCCGAGGAAUGUCUUCAAAAGACUGCAGAGACCAUCAAAUACCUGACAAAAGGAAAGAUUCUGCUUUGCACAGGUGCAGUCAUGGAGGAACAGGCAGCAAAGCAUCUUGGUGUGAAGAUGUGCAAGUUUAUUCCAAAACACUCACGAAAUUUAGCCAAUGAAUUUCGAUGCUAUGUGAACUAUGCUUCUGGACUGGACUAAUGCUCCUAAGAUCAUCUACAAAUCUACAGCUUUGUCAGUCAAGCUUCUUUCUGUUUGCUGUCAGUUAUGCACAUUUCUGAGGGCUGGCAUAGUCAGCUCUGAGUACUGUUCUGUGGCAUAGCUGGAAUCAGCACAGUGUGAUGGCCUCUCUCUUUUAAAUGAGUAAGCGUUUGCAGUUACUGCGUUUUGUAUCAGGUAAAUGCAGACCAAGCAAUGCAGGUGCUGGAUAAUGGGAACUUCUUUGUUAGACUUUAAUUCUGACUGGUAGCUUUUACUGUAUGAGGACACGUCAGUGACCUCUUUGAAGUGAAUUUCGCUUAUAACAACACAUAGGUGUUUGCCUUGCAGGCAUCAGAAUCGUCAUUGCCAAAGAAUGUGAUACUUCUGUAGUAGUGUGACCUACACAUGUCCUUUAAAUCUUGAAUCACAAUGGCUCUGAUUAAAUAUAAUGCCUGCUUUUUAAUAAUUUCAGUAUCAAGCUAAAGAGGAUGUACAGGUAUGUCAAGUUACAAGAAUGGGUACGAUUUUUUUUCCCAGUUACCUGAUUUUAUCUUUUUCUCCUGUUCCACAGACAGCAGCAGAGCAGUAGAAUAGAAGCAUCCUAAAAAUCAUUGAAUCUUACAAGGCCACUGAGGAAUAAUAUAUUGAUAAACUCCCACUGUUUCAAAUGGAAAAAUGUUAGAUUUUAUAUUCAAGAUUUGGUCUAUAUUUCAGUCAAAAUAGGUAAUACAUUGGAAAGGCUUUGCUUUGCAUAAGUAGAGAUUUUUGAUAACUGGGAAUUUUGAAGCCACUUUUGACUAGCCUUUUGACUACACUACUGAAGUAUUUUUUGGAUGGAGAUUAGUUCAUAAAUUUCAAGGCACUCAACACUUCUAUAAUCUCUAAAAACACUCUACAAAACACAAGCACUUGUCUUUGUAUGUCAUACUGUGUAAAAGUUAACAGAAAUGCUGCAUCUACAAGACAAAUCAUAUAAAAUCAAGUACUGAAUUUAUUUGUGGUGGGAAUAAGCCUAAUUAAGCUUGUGAGAUGAGACUUUUUAUAAGGCACUGAUAAUACUCAUGUUUCUGCUGUUUGGAUGCAGAUUUUCCCAUCUGGUGGAGUAAACAGCUGAGCAAGAAUCAUAUAGAUGGAUUCUAAUCCUCUCUCAGUGCUCAGAGAAUGGUGUUGUCUGAGCUGAACACAAAAGUGGUUCAUAAACAGCCACCCAAUCCACUCUAGCUCUCCUCCCCAUUUUCCAAGAGAUCUGUUUGCUUGCUAAGGCUUUUCCCUCCUCACAUUUAUACCUGCUGCUCCUUCCCUGCGUGCAGUGUUCCUGGGCUCCAUGGUAACAGUUUUCUCCCUCUUGCACAUGCCUUGGUUUCUGUCAGGCUGGUCACAGGUGUUGUUAAAACAGGGGAAGUGCAGGAGGGAAAUGCUCGCAGGGAGAACAGGCGCCGGCCUCUCCUUUCUGCUGUGUGAGCCAGGGCCCACACAGUCUUGCCUUUCAAAGCAGAUGCUGAGCCAGAACUCCCCUGAAAAUGGCUGUUCACAGGUGAAAUACACCUGGCUUUAGUUGUUUUCUGGGAGGCUACAUCAUCACUUUCAUGUGGCCAGUUUGAAAAUAAAGCAAACCAGAAUGGGAACUGCGUAGCUCUUGGCACUAACCUGUACUUGAAACUGGUUCAUUACCUCAGUGUCUUGCACACCAAGCAGAUGGAGAUAAUGAAGUAACUCCUGAAACUUUGUUAUUAACUGCAUAGAGGCUUCAAGUGGGACAGGUAUGAUUGCCAGAAGGAAUGAUACUGUUCCCCUGCCACCCACCUAAAUUAGAAUGUGCUGUUCAAAUUGAAGCCUCACCUAUUUUGCUGUUUUAUUUGCUUCGUUUUGGUAAGUGUGUAUUAUUGGGCUCUCCAUAGCAGAAUUAAAGGUCAACUUCACUAACUUCAUCAGAGAUAUUUCUUAAAAAGAUAAAAGUGCACCGUUCAGUUUUACCAAGAAGUUCACUUCCAAGAAAAUCACUGCUGCUUCUCACAUGUAGGUCAGACUGCUUGAAAAGGGGCACUGUGAAGAUGCACAGUUACGGAACUGUGGGUGCAUGGAAAUCUGUGCAGAUGCACUCAACAGAGCAGCCCGUUGUCCAGCAGCCUCCCUCUUAAAAGCCUGGGGACUGCAGGCAGCUGCCCAGGCAGAGCUUGACUAGUGGCAUUUACAGCCUUCAUUCAGUGAUGAGAGGUAAACUAUUUUUGUCUUAUUUGAUUCCAAGGAAGUAGCUGUUUCUGAGAAGGGUACAAGUCACAAAAAUCCAUAGUGAAUUUGUGUUUUGUGCCAGUGUGGUAACUUUAAGAAAUAGUACAUGACAUCAAAACCCUCUUUUCUUCUGUAACAGGAUUGUGAAUAAAAAUGUCAGUGUCAAGUA